AUGGGAGCACCACCUCACAGUCCCCAGCUCCCGGGAUCAUCGGGCCCAGUCCUGGGACCGUGGGGACCCUCGGGGCCUGGCGAGGCUGGGGAGACUCCAGAGUUGCCCAGGCUGCAGGGCCAAGCUCUGGCGAAUCGGACCGAUCUCCGCUGGAAGCGCAGAGUCCGCCAAGGCGGUGCUAAGCGCGCAAAGGGCCAGCCCGAGGCUGCCCUGGAGAUGUUCGCGGUUCUAGAAGGCCCUUUCAAGAGCAUGUGUGGGGGACGUCUUCCCGUGCUGGUUGACGAGGAGAGCCUUAAACUGUCCUGUCUAGCUGAAACCCCAGUCCGAGAAACUUCCCACCAGGCAACCAGCCGACCUGCCAGCAUCAUGACCCGUGCCAUCUUCGAGGAGAACGCGGCCAAGGACGACAGGGUGUUCCAGCUGGCCGUAUCAGACCUCAGCCUCAACGAUGACAUCCUGCAGAGCGAGAAGAUCACCUACUCCAUCAAGGUCAUCGAGGCCAACAACCCGUUCCAGGCCGUUCAGGAAGCCUGUGACCUCAUGACCCAGGGGAUUUUGGCCUUGGUCACGUCCACUGGCUGUGCGUCUGCCAACGCCCUGCAGUCACUCACAGAUGCGAUGCAUAUCCCACACCUCUUUGUCCAGCGCAACCCAGGGGGGUCUCCGCGCACUGCCUGCCACCUGAACCCCAGCCCUGACGGUGAGGCCUACACGCUGGCCUCCAGACCGCCCGUGCGCCUCAAUGACGUCAUGCUCAGGCUGGUGACAGAGCUGCGCUGGCAGAAGUUUGUCAUGUUCUACGACAGCGAGUAUGAUAUCCGUGGGCUCCAAAGCUUUCUGGAUCAGGCCUCGCGGCUGGGCCUUGACGUCUCUUUGCAAAAGGUGGACAAGAACAUUAGCCACGUGUUCACCAGUCUCUUCACCACGAUGAAGACAGAGGAGCUGAACCGCUAUCGGGACACACUACGCCGAGCCAUCCUUCUGCUCAGCCCGCAGGGGGCCCACUCCUUCAUCAAUGAGGCCGUAGAGACCAAUCUGGCUUCCAAGGACAGCCACUGGGUCUUUGUGAAUGAGGAAAUCAGCGACCCAGAGAUCCUGGAUCUGGUGCACAGCGCCCUUGGCAGGAUGACUGUGGUCCGGCAGAUCUUCCCAUCUGCAAAGGACAACCAGAAAUGCAUGAGGAACAACCACCGCAUCUCCUCCCUGCUCUGUGACCCCCAGGAAGGCUACCUCCAGAUGCUGCAGAUCUCCAACCUCUACCUGUAUGACAGUGUCCUGAUGCUGGCCAAUGCCUUCCACCGGAAGCUGGAGGACCGGAAGUGGCAUAGCAUGGCGAGCCUGAACUGUAUACGCAAGUCCACCAAGCCAUGGAAUGGAGGAAGGUCCAUGCUGGACACGAUCAAAAAGGGCCACAUCACUGGCCUCACAGGGGUGAUGGAGUUUCGGGAGGACAGCUCGAAUCCCUACGUCCAGUUUGAAAUCCUCGGCACAACCUAUAGUGAGACCUUUGGCAAAGACAUGAGGAAGUUGGCGACGUGGGACUCAGAGAAAGGUCUGAAUGGCAGCCUGCAAGAGAGGCCCAUGGGCAGCCGCCUCCAAGGACUGACUCUCAAAGUGGUGACUGUCUUGGAAGAGCCUUUCGUGAUGGUGGCUGAGAACAUCCUUGGACAGCCCAAGCGCUACAAAGGGUUCUCCAUAGAUGUCCUGGAUGCAUUGGCCAAAGCUCUGGGCUUCAAAUAUGAGAUUUACCAAGCCCCCGAUGGCAGGUAUGGUCACCAGCUCCAUAACACCUCCUGGAACGGAAUGAUCGGGGAGCUCAUCAGCAAGAGAGCAGACUUGGCCAUCUCUGCCAUCACAAUCACCCCAGAGAGGGAGAGCGUUGUGGACUUCAGCAAGCGGUACAUGGACUAUUCAGUGGGGAUCCUAAUCAAGAAGCCCGAGGAGAAAAUCAGCAUCUUCUCUCUUUUUGCUCCAUUUGAUUUUGCUGUCUGGGCCUGCAUUGCAGCCGCCAUCCCUGUGGUGGGUGUGCUCAUAUUUGUGCUGAAUCGGAUACAGGCCGUGAGGGCUCAAAGUGCUGCCCAGCCCCGACCAUCUGCUUCGGCCACCUUGCACAGUGCCAUCUGGAUAGUCUACGGCGCCUUCGUACAGCAAGGUGGCGAAUCCUCAGUGAACUCCAUGGCCAUGCGCAUCGUGAUGGGCAGCUGGUGGCUCUUCACCCUCAUCGUGUGCUCCUCCUACACGGCGAAUCUUGCUGCAUUCCUCACCGUGUCCAGGAUGGACAACCCCAUAAGGACAUUCCAGGACCUCUCCAAACAAGUUGAUAUGUCUUACGGUACCGUCCGGGAUUCUGCUGUGUAUGAGUACUUCCGAGCCAAGGGCACCAACCCCCUGGAACAAGACAGCACAUUUGCUGAACUCUGGAGGACCAUCAGCAAGAACGGAGGGGCUGACAACUGUGUGUCCAGUCCUUCGGAAGGCAUCAGGAAGGCAAAGAAGGGGAACUACGCCUUCUUGUGGGAUGUGGCAGUGGUGGAGUACGCAGCCCUAACAGAUGAUGACUGCUCUGUGACUGUCAUUGGCAACAGCGUCAGCAGCAAGGGCUACGGGAUCGCCCUGCAGCACGGCAGCCCCUACAGGGACCUCUUCUCCCAGAGGAUCCUGGAGUUGCAGGACACUGGGGACCUGGACGUGCUCAAGCAAAAGUGGUGGCCUCACAUGGGCCGCUGUGAUCUCACCAGCCACGCCAGUGCCCAGGCCGACGGCAAAUCCCUCAAGCUGCACAGCUUCGCUGGGGUCUUCUGCAUCCUGGCCAUCGGCCUCCUCCUGGCCUGCCUGGUGGCCGCCCUGGAGUUGUGGUGGAACAGCAACCGGUGCCACAAGGAGACCCCCAAAGAGGACAAAGAAGUGAAUUUGGAGCAGGUUCACCGGCGCAUGAACAGUCUAAUGGAUGAAGACAUUGCUCACAAGCAGAUUUCCCCAGCGUCCAUUGAGCUUUCGGCCCUGGAGAUGGGGGGCCUGGCUCCCAGCCAAGCCUUGGAGCCGACGCGAGAGUACCAGAACACACAGCUCUCGGUCAGCACUUUUUUGCCAGAGCAAAGCAGCCAUGGCCCCAGCCGGACACUCUCGUCAGGGCCUAGCAGCAAUCUGCCGCUGCCCCUCAGCAGCUCGGCCACCAUGCCCUCCAUGCAGUGCAAACACAGGUCGCCCAAUGGGGGGCUAUUCCGCCAGAGCCCGGUGAAGACCCCCAUCCCCAUGUCCUUCCAGCCUGUGCCGGGAGGCGUCCUUCCAGAGGCCUUGGACACCUCCCAUGGCACCUCCAUCUGA